UGGCAAUAUCUCGGAACGCCAUAGCUCGAUUUCCCAAUUCUACAAAUUCCCCUGCGGAAGGAUGAAACGGACCCUCUGUAACCAUAAAUGGAUAUCCAAGACCGGGUAGGUGAGUAGGUAUUCUGCUAAAUCUUUCCCCAGUCCGACCUAAUUGGAGUACACUAAAACUGCAGAGGUCGUGGCCCAAAGCGUUUUUCAAAGGAUCUGCAAUCAGGGGUUCAUUUUCUCAUUUUCUAUCCUUCCGGUAUUGAAUCAACAUCUCUUUGGGGGCAAGUUCCCUAAGUCAUGUUUGCUGUCGCAUGCAUACACCGCAACGCGCUGGCCCCUUCGCCUACCGUCGUCCACUGAUGACUUCUUCACCAAGAAAUCCCUUUCGUCAGAUCUAACUGCCUACCGCCGACAUGGGUCAGACUAGCUAUGAAGCGGCCGAUCGUACCCACGCAAUCGAAAGUAACAACCAUCCAGGGACACUGGCUCUCUUCCUUUACGAUACUCAGAUUGCUCCAUGCCUGCGAUCGACAUCGCGGUUACGCAUGAGAUCGGUGAAGCUAUAUACUGCAGCGAUCUUUCUGAGUCUGUGCUGGUUGGCAUGGUCAGAGAAUCUCAGAUUCAUCCGCGGGGAUAAGCCCCAGUCGUUGCUUGUUCCAAAUACUCCGAGUUGUGACCAAUGUCCUUUUCAGCCUAUACAUUUAUCGGGUUUCAGCAAUCAUGGCGUGCCUGGUAACGCCAUGUGCGAUGCAUUGCGUUACAAUCAGACUAUUGGAGUGCAGCAGAGUUUUUAUCUACAUGACAACCUUACCGAAGUUGUACUCCUUACCAAAUCCCAUCCUCUGGUUGCAUAUGAAGUUGAGAGCUACGCAAAGAACUCCGGUCAUGAAGACAUCGAUAACGAAACAUGGGCACGACUUUCGGGCUCAAGCGUCUGGCUUCCUGAGCAUGCUGUCUUUCUCUCCGUGACACGUGUCACCUUCUACCCCGGAGGAUCUCUAGACUGGCCCACAGUCAGCUUUCUUCGUGGUCAAGUGUAUGACGCAGACUGGAAUCAUCUCGAGGACUACAUUCUAGAUUGGUUCGGCGAUAAGAUUGUGUUCCCACUGAUUUUCGAGAUCCCUUUCGAAUGGAAGGAAAACGGAGCCGACCCCUACGGACCAGAGGAUCCACGCGUGGUCUUAGAAGACAACGUAAGAGGUGCCGAACCGGUCAUCAUAUUCAACAUGCAAUCCAAUGCACCAAAUUGGUUCCGAGCGAUGUGGGUCUACCGGCCAUUUUCGAACUUCACGACCGUCCUGACUAUUAGAAACGAGGACAGGAAAGAUGUGGAGAAGAAUUGGAUGCCUUUCUUUCAUCGUGUCGAUGCGGGCCUGUCAAGCAAUUCUCCAAAUGAGUACCUUCAUUUCAUCUAUGGCUUCGUGCCUCUGCGGAUACUCAAAUGUCAUCUGCUCAGCGGUUAUUGCGACUGGGCAUAUCAACAAGACAUCACCCCCGAAGUCGCCGCUGGGAAAGAAAGUCGUGGACAAUUACAUGGAGGAACCAACUUCGUGUCAGUGCCCUUUGAUAUCCUGCAGAAUCCAGGUAUACAACUCUACGUUGGCUUUCCACGUACAUCGCUUAUUUCGGGGUGUGAAAGCCGGACAUACCGCCCAGAGCUUAUGGUUCUAUCCAGCACGGGCUCAAGCCAAUUCCACAUCGCCUAUACCAGUGACGCACUCGACUUUGGUGCUGCAAUCUUGACCCCAGCUGCACGGGCAGAUCCGUGUGGUGAAGGUCACAUUCUGAUUGCCAACAGUAUUUCUCACUGGAAUCGCAGCGCUGCACAAGAUAUCAUGACAAUAACGUUUAGUGUAAUGGAUGUGACUGUACAGGUUGCGAGGUUAGAAGGCUUGGGGGCACUUGUUCAAAGUCUACCAUACUUUGAAGACCUGCUGGACUACAACACUGCUCAAGGCGAGAACCAUGGUAUGGAGGCGUUCUCAUGGAAAUCGGCCAAGUCGCUCAUAGGUGCUGACGUUGUGGCAUGCGCCGUAGAGGCCGCAAGCAACACCAGCAUAAGAGACGCCACCAAGGCUAGAGAGGAAAUGGCAGGGAUGUCUCAGGACAGCUAUCUCGGAUAGCUGGAACAGUUAUGACGAGCAUGCCUUGGCACCUUGGCAUGAUCCUGUACAAGGCUUUCAUUCUUCUUGAUUAGACGAACACAACAAUGUGUCACGAUGGCACUUGCUGUCUGAAGCUCUCGUCGAGCGCUGCAACAGGUGCGUGGCAUCGCAGAGUUCACGGAUUGCAAGAG